AUGAAUGGAUUUCGUUAUAUAAUUCUUCUCGUCUCGACACUAUCGAUGACGUUCAUCUACAGUAAUCGUAUUGUUUUUGGAUUCACGGUUAUAUGUCAAGUUCCGGAGAAUAACACAGAUAACGGUUACUUCCUCGCUGACUCGUCAAUAAAAGCAUGGAUGUUCACGGUGACCGCAGUUGGUAUGUGUUUCGGUCCAAUCCCGCUCUAUUGGGCUUAUGCGCUUAAUACCAGGAUUUUAAUUCUUGCAUAUGGCAUAAUAUCUACCGUGGCCACAGUGUUCUAUCCAUUAGCUGAUCGUUUGGGAUUAUGGCCAUCACUUGUGGCUCGAUUUUUAUCGGUGAGUUAG